AUUAUCCAAUAGGAUUUUACGCGUCAGAUUCGAACCCUCAAUCCCGGGCUCUGGCACCGCUACUCGCUCGGAGCCCGGCAGCUGCUCCGGCCCCGCUGCAGCGCGAUGGUCCCGGGCUCCGGCCGCCGCCUGCCCCUGCUGGCCGCGUGGGGGGCGCUGUGGGGGCUCAUUGCAGCCAAGUUGCCCGUCACUGCUCCGUUGGGAGGAGACGUCACCCUGAGCUGCCUCUUCCCGUCUCAGCCUGGGAUGAACCUCCAGCACCUGAUCCUCACCUGGCAGAAGGAACAGGUGGGGGCAGAGGCCCUGGUGGUUCAUAGUUACUAUUAUGGGAAGGAUCAGCUGGCGAGACAGGAUGAGGCUUAUAGAAACCGGACCCAGUUGGAUCCAGAGGGGCUGGCCUGGGGGAACGCGUCCGUGCUGCUGAGGGGUGUCCGCAUGCAGGACGAGGGCGUCUAUUCCUGCCAUGUUCAUUCUGAGCUGGGCGCGACUUUGGAGACGAGACAACUUAGAGUGACUCAAACGGACCACUUCCUGGCCAAGCUGACCAGGCUUGCAGGAAAUGCUGCAGGGCUGAGUGACUGCUGGGUCCCUUUGCUGAAUCUCUGCCUGGUGCUGAUCGUACCUGUUCUCAGAUGAGAUCACUAAAACACCCCCUGCAGACAAGUCCUGGCCGCCAGCGACACCCGGGUACUGGCCUCGCCAAAGAAACUGCUGUGCAGGAAGCCAGAUCCUGUAGAGGGCUUCUACAUCCAUAGCGGCCAGGAGGGUGUUUUCCAGUGCUGCUAUGGGUACCUGCAUGGCCCCACAGUAUGCCAACAUUUUUAUGUCUGACUUAGAACAACACUUCCUCAGCUCUCGUCCCCUAAUGCCCCAAUUCUACUU